GAGGACAACGACUAGGAGUACUAAGAAGCCAACUCCAAAAACAUUCGAUGAUGUGCUAUCUGAAUCUUCUUUAUCGUCACUUCCCUAUGAUUUGCUAGUGAUGAUCGUGGCACGCGUUCCAUUAUUGUAGCAUCGGACUCUGUCACUAGUCUCCAAGAGCUUUCGAUCUAUGGUGGCUUCACCUGAGCUUUACAAGGUCAGGUCACUCCUGGGCCUCAAGGAGAUUUUUCUUUAUGUGUGCUUGAAGUUCGAGUUAGGUUCUUCAUAUAAGUGGUACUGGUACACCCUCUCCUCCAAGAGUAGCUGCGGCGGGUAUGUUUUGGGUAGAGUCCUAAUGGUGCCCGAUGCUGAUUCUCCUUGCAUGGUGGGUUCGCGUUGUUCAGAUCUUGUGGCUGUUGGUUCUGAUAUCUACAACAUUGGCACCCGUCGACCGUGGUAUUCUGGGGUCUCGAUUCUUGAUUGCAAGUCUCACACGUGGCGCAAAGCUCCACCCAUGCCAGUGGACCUAGAUAAACUUUUUGCAAGGGUCGUUGAUGACGAUGGAAAGAUAUAUGUGCUAGGGAGACGCUAUCUUCAUGAUUCGUGUAAGAUUUCGUUCCUGGCAUUCAACACAGACACGCAAACUUGGGAUCUCCCUUGCCACCGUGGAGUGGAUUCCAACGAAAUGCCUCGUAUUGUUGAUAUUGAGGGAAAGCUCCACGCGGUAACUGUCUUUGACGGGAUGUUUGCUUUCAAUUCAAAGCAAGGUAGAUGGGACCUGGUUGAACAAUAUCCAAGGAUGACUGAUAUUAUGUGCUCAGAAUCCUACUGCGAGAUAGAUAAUGUUCUCUACUCUGUUUUUUAUCACGGAGCUCUGAGAUGGUACGACACCGACAAGAAAAGGUGGAGAAGUUUGAAGGGUUUGGUAGGGCUGCCUGAGUUUCCUACUCCUGGUCAUGGCUCUUUUGUUAAAUUGACGGGUUAUGGUGGUGGUGGAAAGAUGAUGGUUUUCUGGAAUAGAAAUUUAAUUACUCGCUUGUCUCACAUGGAUACCAUAUAUUGUGCCGAGAUAGCGCUUGAAAGACGCAAUGGUGAUUGUUGGGGGAAACUUGAGUGGUGUGGUGGUGUGCUUUCAGUCCCUUUAGGAACCGAGUUCGUUAAGGUUCUUGCUGUAACGCUUUGAUGUUGGAUGGAUGAAUGUGUCUUGAAUUUAUUUUGCUAUUUUUUCUUUUCAAAUUCCAAUGUAGACAAUUUUUAGUUAAGUUUCUUAUUAUACUCUUUAU